CGAACCAGAUUUCAGACACGAUUUGUACAUUGAGGGCGCAUAUUUUAAAUGGUGACCUAGUCCGGCCAUAUAGCUGCAAGCACUCUCACUGAUUGAAUAUCUUUAUUAUUAAAUAGGUAUGUUACCAUCAAAUGACUUAUUGCAACUGACGGAUGAGGAUGUAAAAACAUUAAAGAAGUGCAGACAAAUCUCAUUUUGGAGAGGCAGUCUCCCAUUCUCCAUUGGUGCUCUUUUAGCUGUUAGUGCUGCUGAUAAAUAUGGAUGGUUUUCAAAGCGUAAGAUGUUUCGUUUACCAUCUUACUUUUUUGGAGUUACCAUUGGUUAUUUCGUUGGGCAGUUCAGUUGCGUAGGAGAAUGUAGACGUAUGUUUCUCCAGCUUAACAAUAGUCGAAUCAAAGAUCAGAUUCUUAGAAUGGAAACUCCCGGAACAUUUCAACCUACUCCUGAUUCACCUAUAAUUGUAAAUACACCUGUAGAAAAACAUCCACCUAUGAAUUAUGAACAACGUAGACAGUUUUAUAAUAAACAACGUGAACAAUCUACAUCUCCGUACUCUAGUUUCAAACCACCGACAACGAUUGAAGAAGAGGAUACAACAUCCGAUAAAACAAACUCAAGUCUAUCGUACUUUGAUAAUGAUAGACCAAUUAGUUCAUUUUAUUAUGAUAAUGAUGUCUAUCGACCUCCAGAGGAAUAAUUUGGUAACAUAAAGAGAAAUAUGUAUUUUGUGAAACAUACUGUUGUACGAAUAGUAAUAUAUUUAGUUUCUCUUAUUUGAUUUUUUUUAGAUUUCACUUCAUAUUCGGAGAUAUUUUUGAUUAGUAGCAUAUAUACAGAUAAUAAUUAAUUUAUCUAUUCAUUCAUCCACUCAAUUAUCCCUGUUCAGUGCAGAUUUCAUAACUAAUUGUAAAUACACGUUUUGUGCGGAGUUUAUUUGUUAAUAUGAUAAAAUUAAAGGGUCUGUACCGAUUUUUGUUUCUAGGAGGUGUUACUCUUACUGAGACUUAUUUGUUAAGUUUUUGUUUGAGAAUUAACACUAAAACUUGAGAAGCUGUACCUUGAUCUUUUCAGUACGUUUAUUAAUGAAGUUAAAUUUACUUUACCGUUACGUGGCAACAGUCCACAAAGACAAUGACUGUUGAGCUGAGUCGUGUAAAUGGGUG